AUAACCGAGCUGAAAGAGUUGCCACAGGCUAAAUCAUUCAGUGUUGAAUCACUUCUCACCCAGCGUCUGACUUUUUUCACAGCACAUUUUAACCUGUUAAACUGGCGAAGAAGGCAUAUCUGAUCGCCAUCUCGAGGCUGUCACCAUGAUUUGGGAAUUGCUUCAUUUUAGUGCUCUCCUUCUUGGAGCACUCACAUCCCCAACUCCAUCCUCACCCCGCACCAAUAACACUGACGGAGGAUUCUGUCGCAUCUACAACUCUGGCCGCUCAGCAGACUGCCUGGGAAUACAGCUCGACAGUGUCCCGUGGAGACAAUUUCCAUCCACACUGGAAGACAUAGAUCUCUCCUACAACAAACUUCAAGCUGUCCAUGCUGACGAUUUCCUCCGCCUCCCUCAGCUUCGCAUCCUUCAGCUGCAGUACAAUAACAUUUCACACAUUGACAAUGAUGCCUUUAAAAACAAUAUGCUACUGGAGCAUCUUGACAUCUUCAAUAACUCCCUGCAGGAAAUUCCUGCCACAGCUCUGACUCCUCUCUUGAAUCUGAAAAAGCUCCUCAUGUCCAAUAACCUUUACAAACAAGCCACUUUGGCUGAUAGCUUCUCCAAAUUUGUCAAACUCCAAGUUCUGUCCAUGGGUGGCCCUCUGGUGAUGGGUCUAAAGAAAGACGAUUUUCAGCCCCUGAAGAACAUUGGGUUACAAGGUUUUGCAAUUAAAUGUUCCUCCAAUCUAAGUUACUACGAGCCCGGAAGUUUAGAAGUCAUCCAGACAAAUCAGAUGGGCUUUGAUAUGGCCAUAGAUCAACGGCCAAAUGCUCUUCCUCACAUGCUACGUGACCUCGCCAACAAGUCCUUCAGCGUCCUCCAGUUCCGUAACCUCUUUGAGUUUACAUACUACAUGGAAGAAGAGGAUAUUUUCCAGGGUUUAAAAGACAUCACAGCCCAACAGCUCAUCUUUUACAGAGGUAAAUUCAAUGAGAAUCUUCUCAGGAUGACUUUAAUAAACUUACAAGUCGCCUCUAUCAAACGUUUGAGACUUCAGUACAUCGACUUUGCCCGUUCACCCACAUUUGUUGAUAGCGGAGCAGGUUCCAGCAUCACAGACCUGGCACUGGAUAAGUUGGAUCUUUGGUAUAUCAGCAAUCCUGAUGUGCUGCGAUUUGACUGGCGCUUCACCUGGUUCAACAAAAUUAAGGCAUUGUCUAUUCAGCAUGUGUAUUUCAAUAGCGUGCCUUGUGACUCCUGGGGUGAGAUGGAAGGUGUGGAGUUUCUGGAUGUCUCUAAUAAUCGACUACAGAAUAAGUUCAUGUACAACCGGUUGUGUGAUUACAAGAGCACCAUGCCAAAUCUUCACACUUUCAAAAUGAGCAACAAUGAGCUGACCAGUUUGAAAGACUUGUCAUUGCUAACAAGGGAGUUCCGGCAGCUGCAGGUGUUGGACUUCAGCAACAACAACUUGGGAUCUGCUGAAAACAGUCGGGACUGUGUUUGGCAAAAUAAUAUCACUCGGCUUAUCGCUCACCACAAUCAAUUUGUAAGUGAAGCCCUUCGCUGUCUGCCCACCACAGUGCACUACUUGGACCUGUCCUACUGUGACCUGGACCAGCUGGAUACGACAUACUUUGAGAAAGCCACCAACCUGAAAGAGCUCCUGCUGAGUGGGAAUAAAAUCAAGUUCAUCCCAUCUAAGUGGGAAAGUCUGUCACUGCAGUCAUUAGCUUUGGAUGGGAAUUCGUUUGGUCUCAUUAGCAAGGCCUCCUUCCAGGACAUGCCUCAACUGUCUACGCUGAGGGCAGGGAACAAUCCUUACCACUGCACUUGUGAGCUCCAUGCUUUUGUCCAGGACACAAUGUCAAAAGGAAAGGUUAACCUCACAGACUGGCCAUGGAACUACAGGUGUUACCACCCAGAGGCCUUGCUCAACACAGUCAUAUCCAAAUUUUUCCCAGGUAGAGUGGCGUGUGAUAUCAGACUGGUUAUCAUCAUCUCUGUUGCGUUCACGGCAACGGUGAUCUUGAUAUUGAUGCUGAUUUGUUAUAUUUUUGACCUUCCGUGGUACACUAAAGCCACGUAUCAGAUCAUCAGGGCCAAAUACAGAGCUCACAAGGAAAAAGCGGCAGGGGAAUUAGGGAGUUUUAGUUAUCAUGCUUUCAUAUCCUACAGCCACUUUGAUUCAGACUGGGUGAGGGACCAGCUCUUGCCCUGUUUGGAGAACAACAGCAACUCCUAUCGUCUGUGUAUUCAUGAGAGGGACUUCAUGCCAGGGAGGUGGAUCAUCGAUAACAUCAUUGAAAAUAUUGAAAGUAGUCGUAAGGUAAUGUUUGUUCUCUCCCGGCACUUCGUUAACAGCGAGUGGUGCAACUAUGAGCUGUACUUCGCUCAGCAGAGAGCAGUGGGAAAAACCUUCAAUGAUGUCAUACUAGUGGUGAAGGAGCCCUUGGAUCCCAACUCCUUGCCCAGCAAGUACUGCAAGCUUAAGAAGAUGUUGAGUACCAAGACGUACCUAGAGUGGCCCCAGCAGGCCAACCAGCAGGCGUUUUUCUGGGCCCAGCUGAGAGGUGUUCUGGGCAAGCCAACAAUGACCCGGGAGGGGGCGCACAGUGUUAAGAGCAGAACUUCAUCUGUGGGAAGAGUUUCUGUGAUUGGGCUCCCCAUGGAGGAUAGGAGGCCAGAAGUAGUGGACAAAAAAGCAGAACCAUAAAAUGAGAUUAUGAACAAGAAUAAUGAUGAGCUGUCAAAUCAGAGACAAAUCCCCAUGGUGGUAUUUUAAUAGGUUAGAAAACAAAGAUUAUACAUUUCUUAAGUUUUGUCUCAGUAAAGGCUUGAACUCAGGUAACCUCUUGUGUGCGAGUUAUGCCAAAGCUUGGAGCAAAAGUCUCAUUACGAUGACAAUGACACGAUCCCCUGCCUGCCCAUGGCAUAUUCUGUCAUGUUAUCCCCGUGGGCAGGGCUGAUGCCCUCUGCUCCACUCUCCCUCUGAGCAUCUCAGGCCGGCUGCCCAGCUGACAAGCGCUGAAAGGCCGCAAACUCAACGGCUCAAAUGAGAUCUCCCAUGUCGCACUCUGGAUAACAAGCGAGGUGCCAGAAAGAUGUGGUGACAGGAGCGACAGUGUGAAAGGGCCGUGCUCUGUUACAUUUUUGACCCUCAGAAGUAUGAGAUCAUGAGUGUCUCUUUGUGAUGUUCUAGGGCCAAGUCAAAGGCCACACAGGACAUAUAAUAUCAACGUUUCUUGAUAGGAAUGUGUUUUGGAGAAAUUGCUAAUCUACCUUGGAACUUAAAAAUAUAAAUCCCUGGUGAAUCUUGGUAGAUCCUUUGAUUCAGUGCAUUUGCUCUUGAGAAUUAGCAAUGCUUUGUGAGAAAAGUUGAGCAUAUAAGUGAUAAAAAAAGAAAUUGUGAAUUCAUAGCACUUCUGCACUUUGUAUUUGUAUCAGCUCUUUGAGUUUGUGCUAACUAACUGUGGCUCUCUUUAGGCCCUGUACUGUUUCAAGUUGACUGUAUUCAACUAUUAUAUAUAAGGUCAGAUGAUCACUAAUUCUGAUCUGAUUGUGCUGUUUUUCUGUGAAGUAACUGUUUUCAAUAGGUGGUCAACAGCAGCUUUGUUUUGUUGUUUAUUGAUGGAUUUAGGUUGAGUUGAGCUCACACUUGUGUUUUUCUUGAAAGCAUUUUUUUCCCCAAAUUACUUCUUUCCAUUCACUUCCAUGUGCAGUAUUCAGCCAGUAUUAUAUAACAAUUUAAAAACAACAGGCACUUUGACAAGGUUAAAUGUAAGGCCAUUUGCAGAGUUUGCAAAUGGCCAGUAGAUGACACCCUUGAACUUAUUAUUUGCUGUUUGAUGUCCCUCAGCGAGAGAGAGAGAGAGAGAGAGAGAAAGAGAGAGAGAGAGAGAGAGAGAGAGAGAGAGAGAGAGAGAGAGAGAGAGAGA